UGUUUUUCUAGGUUUUCAAUCCAGUACCAUAACUUCUUCUAAUUUCUUUCUGAAUCAUCAUGUCAUUUUAUCACCCUAAAAAGUUCUUCAAGAUAAUGCGAAAUCAAGAACUGCAAAAUGGAGAGCUUAGGGUUCCCAAAUAUUUUGUGAAGCUACAUUGGAAAAAUGUAUCAAAUCCAGUAGCCUUUACUCUCCCAAAUGGCUCUAAACAAGAUGUAUUUUGGGUGGAGCAUAAUGGUGAUAUUUGGUUUCAAAAAAAUUGGGAAACAAUUGCGAAAUCUCUUAUACGUGGACAUGUUCUAGUUUUUAAAUAUAAAGGAGGAUCAUGUUUCAAAGUUGAAAUAUUUGGUUGCAAUACAUUGGAAUUAGACUAUUCCAAUAUAAAAGUUGAAGCUGAAGAAGUAGUUGUAGUGAGUAAUGACAAUGUUACUAAUACUAAUGGAGCUGGUACAUCUCAAAGGAGAAAAGGUGGCAAGAGAAAAAUGAAUAUGGAUCUUGAUGCUAAUCAGAAAAAAAUCAAAGGUAGUAAUAGAGGAGGCAUGAUCAAGAAGGCUAAGAAAUGCCUAAGAACUGAAGCUGUUAAAGAGAGAGUAAGAAAUUAUCAUCCUUUGGAAAAUCCCAGUUUUGAAGUUGAAAUGUCACAAUCUUAUGCCAAAGGAUGUUAUUUGAGGAUACCAAGGGAUUUUUCGAGAAAAUACUUGACAAAGUUGGAAGGGACCGCAAGAUUUAGAGUUGGUGAAGACAUGGCUAUAGAAGUGAAGUUGAAUUUUUAUGAUGUCACUAAAUCAUCUACUGUGACCACUGGUUGGAACACAUUUAGCAAAAGAUAUAAUUUGCAACUUGGUGAUGUUUGUAAAUUUGUGAUGACUCAAAGAGAACCACUUUUAUUCACUAUUAUCAUUACUCGAGCAAGAGAGGAACCUAACUCUAAGAAGUUGAAAAUGCAAGGUUAUAAAGAAGGGAUCUCUUGUAGUGAUAACGAUGCAAAGAGAAAAGACAUUAAAGGAACUUCCAGUUCUAGGAGCUGCCCAAAAAUACAUCUACUCGGAUUCAGAAGGUCAUAA